AUGGCCGCGCUCAGCAUCGACCUCUGGGUGGCCGUGGUCUUCCCGCUGAGCUACCGGGCCAAGAUGCGCCUCCGCGACGCCGCGCUCAUGGUGGCUUACACGUGGCUGCACGCGCUCACCUUCCCGGCCGCCGCGCUCGCGCUGUCCUGGCUGGGCUUCCACCAGCUCUACGCCUCGUGCACGCUGUGCAGCCGGCGGCCCGACGAGCGCCUGCGCUUCGCCGUCUUCACCGGCGCCUUCCACGCCCUCAGCUUCCUGCUGUCUUUCGUCGUGCUCUGCUGCACGUACCUCAAGGUGCUCAAGGUGGCCCGCUUCCACUGCAAGCGCAUCGACGUGAUCACCAUGCAGACGCUCGUGCUGCUCGUGGACAUCCACCCCAGUGUGCGGGAACGCUGUCUGGAGGAACAAAGGCGGAGGCGGCAGCGCGCCACCAAGAAGAUCAGCACUUUCAUAGGGACCUUCCUCGUGUGCUUUGCACCCUACGUGAUCACCAGGCUGGUAGAGCUCUACUCCACGGCACCCAUCGGCUCCCACUGGGGGGUGCUGUCCAAGUGCUUGGCCUACAGCAAAGCCGCGUCCGACCCCUUUGUAUACUCCUUACUGAGACAUCAGUACCGCAAAAGCUGCAAGGAGAUUCUGAACAGGAUCCUUCACAGACGCUCCAUCCACUCCUCAGGUCUCACAGGUAUAUGAAGCCUCAUUUUCAACCCGGGAUCUCUAGAAACUCUGGGCCGUCGGUCUCCAUGAGCAUCAGCAGGACACAGCACUUCCCCUGGCACAGAAGUGAACUUCUUUGUGCCUUGCAGCCGGGAGGACUUACAUGGAGGACUUUGGCGUUGGCUCUAGGACCUGGGCUGAGCCAGACAUGAGGAGAGGCUGGGCAGAACUUGGCCUCUACCGUUUGCUCUUGAAGGUUCGGGGGAGAAGCUUGUCUGAGAGCCGUGUGGUCUGUAAGUUCUCUACCUUCCCAGGUGCCCCCACUUUCACCAAGACUGAUGGCCUGUUAGCCCCCAAAGAGUUGGUCUGACCCCAGGCUAGGUGCCUUUGGGCCACUGGUAGCUGCCGCUCUGGCCCGGUCAAAGAAAGGUGGCUGGAACCUCAGGCUUGCUCCUGUCUCUCCAGUUCAAACGCAGCCAUGAGGUCAAAGGUCUCCUCACUCACCCUAUCACAAACACAUGCAAAGAAGCAGGAGCCCGACACUUUUGGGGGAUGGCUACCUAUGGAAGAGGGGUAAGAGAUUCCAAGGAAUGCAAUUGUCCAACUUCCCAGGGAAUCGGUGUCAGGAACAGGAAGCGACUAGGAUUCACAGUGGUUGCACUCAACCUGACAGAGACAUUACCGUGAAGAAACAGCCGUCGGCUAGAGACCCAGAAGAGUUGAAUCCCAGAGUGGUUAUGUGAGUGGCAUGUUGCAGCUGCAGGCUCAAACCCGGAGCUGUGAAAAGAUUCACCUGUUACUCCUCAAACAUUUACUGAGCACCUGUUGUGUACCAGGUCCUAGGUUGUGUCAGACUCUUAGGGAGACGUGUCAUUCCUCUGCAGUAUGGGCAACUGGGCUGCCCCAGAGGUGCAUGUUCAGGACUGUGGAGGUGCAGGGGGUCGGUCAGCGAACUUGACUGGCAGGGAAAGAGGUUUCUGGAAGGCUUCACAGAGGUGGUGACCUAUGGGCCAGAACUUACAGUAGGGAAGAACAUGUUGCAAUAUACAGAAGAGAUAGGAGCCUGCCCGGGAGUCUAGGUGGGGUGGAGCUCAAUCUGGGUCCAGGAAUGGUGCCAGGUGAGUGCUGGGAGGAGGGGCAAGUGCCUCCUGGGACGGGUGGAAUAUGACCCGUGGCCAGUGGGAGAUGGUUGGAGUCUUUAAGUUGGGAGUAGCAGAAUUAGAUCUCUUUUAAGAAGAGACAGCACAGAGAAAAUCCAUGUGUAUGAAAUCUGACAAGCAAGUUCACAAACUCAUCCUAGAAAAAGUGCUGUAUACCUCAUUGCUGAAUGUCACUAUGGUCACCUGUGAA